AUAGGAAAGUCGUAAGUGGUCACGUCUCUAGGGUCGAGUCUUGCUUAGCAACCGAUGCUAUCCGGCCGAGUUAAAAGGUCAUACUGCAAUGGCAUUCGCGUAUCGCACCGAGCAGUUUUCCAAACAGGUCGGUUAGUGCAUAGAAAAUUCUGACAGCUCGAAACCGUCACAAGAAAUAAUGUCGUUUUUAUUACAUUUUUUGAUAAAUUAUUAUUCUACUUUCGAUACGGCGACGAUCCAAAGACCUUAUCGAUUUUCCUAUUUAGCGCGCGAUUGUAUUUUGUACUUUUUCGAAAGGUCCACGGCGGGGCGUCUAGGCGCUUUCGAAAAACAUAAAAAUUUUCACAGCGGGCGAACGUACGUGGAGCGCGGUGCCGUAAAUUGCUAAUAAUUCCGUUCAUUAGACAGUAAUACAGUACCCGAAUAUGGGUUAGCGGUAAGGAAUUGUGAGAUCUUGCGACCAUUGACUUCUGUGAUAUUUAAAUUGUUUGUUUGUGAGUGUUUUCUAUUUGUUUGUUUCGUAGUUGUGUUAAGUGCAUUCCGCUCGUGAAAGUGUACGAUAGAAUUGUGUUUUAGUGAAACGGAUGUCAUGGGAAUGUUUUUUUACUGGUUGGAAACAAAACGGCUAGCGCCUGGAUACUGGCAGUGGAGCCGCGAGUCCGCACGAGCUGAGCACACACAGUUGUAACAAUCGACCGUAAUCCAACCACCGAGAGUCUACAUUCCAAGAACCAGAGAGUACCUAAUAUUAUAAAGACAUUAUAGAAAAAUACACAUACAUACAUUGUUUCGACCAAAAUUUUCUACCAAAAUAUACAAAAUUGUAUAGUGAACCUGCCUUCAUACCAAAGCCUUCUAGAUUACUUAUUCGGGGUGAAUGACCCGUGUACAGUCAGACUUAGUUAUCGGGUGAUAGUACAGUUGGAGUCGUGAAGAGACGACUCACUUGAACACAUUGGAACUGCACAGCUGUUCAAUGAAAAUGAUGCCUCAACAGUAUUGCCUCAGGUGGAAGCACCAUCAUUCCAACGUGCAGAAUAUGUUCGCACAGCUUCUGGAGAAAGAGAGGUUCUGCGACGUGACCCUGUACUGCUCGCCGAGCUUCGCCACACAAGUGCCCAACAAAGACACUGUCGACCCGCAGAACAUAAGAGGGGUGUCCCUCAGGGCGCACAGAGUGGUGCUAGCGGCAUGUUCGGAGUUGCUCGGCGCGUUACUAGGCGCGCAUGAAGCUCAAGGCGAGCCUGUACUAGUGAUAGACGGAGCGGAGCCCAAACACCUGAAGGCACUGCUCGACUAUAUGUAUACCGGCGAGAUGAACGUCCAUCACUCUCAGCUGGCGAGCCUGCUGAAGACGGCCGAGGAGCUGAGGAUCAAAGGUCUGACGGACAUCCGGUGGAACAACAAGGAUGAACCGCCCGACUGUGAUACCGGCGUGGUGACAGCUGUGGCUACACAUGAAAAGAAAAGCACGGAGAAGGUAGAGAAGCAAUUGUCACCGAAGCACGCGGCGCCGAAGCAGUCGUCACCGAAGCAAACGUCGCCGAAGCACACACCGCCGAAGUCCGACUCGGUGGCGGAACUGCGCCCGUGCGUGGAGAAGGAAGAUAGUGAGAAAGAGACCAAGUCGGGGGAGAAGUUUAGUGUGAACGGUGGGCCACCGCCGUUAAUAAAGCUGCCCAUGAAGGAGAAAACGAGCCCCGUGAAACGAGAUCGCUCAGAUUCCGAGUCGCCGAGCCCGAAGCGACGUCGCGCGACAAGUGCCACGGAACACACCGACGACGACUCUGUGUCGCAUAAGUCUGAUCGAGAUCAAGAAUGGCAACACGGUAAUUUGGUGAGUAAGGACAUAUCUGCGGAGCGCGUUGUCGCGUGGGGCAUGGGAUCGGAACAAGCGGGCGAGUGGUCGCGCGACGGCUCCGACGACGAGUGGGCGGACGCACCCGCCGAUAUUGGUUCCUUCCUGCACACGCGGUUACGCGUCGACGGCGACAACAGCGCCGACGAAGAGUCUAACGAGAGUGGUGCGGCGGCGGCGCCCCCCUCCGCGCCGUCGUCUUCCUCCUCGGCGGCGGCCUCAGACCUCAAGCUGGACUUCAUCAUCAGCAAACCGACGAUAGGUCCCAAAUCUGGCCCGACGGACCCGCGGUUCACGGACGUGGUGAAGCUGAGCGACUACCUGCAGCACGGCCGCCGCCCGCAGUUCUGGGAGGAGAACUACGUCAAGAGGGUGAUGGAGGCGGUUCGUGUGAAAGAGCUGGAGAUGAAGCAAGCGGCGGAGAUCCUGGGCGUCAGCUACGGGACGCUGUACGGACGCUACAGGGACGUGUACGGGUGCAUCAAUAGGCCCUACCGCACGGCGCGCGACUUCUGGCAGGCGAAGGGUCCGGCGGAUGUACUGGACAAGCUGCAGCGCGGCGAGCUGUCGCUGGACGCGGCUGCGCUCGCGCUCGGCGUUAGCAUCAACAACCUCUCUGCCUACAUGUCCGAGUGCCCGCCCGUCGAGAAAGAAUUCGAGCCGAUUCCUAUAGAGAUCGACCCGUCUUUGAAGCUGCGCGCGCGCACGUACAACAACACUAAGGCGUCGAUGCGGAAUAAACAGCCCGCGCCCGCGCCCGCCUCCGCUACUGUACCCGCGCCCGCGGCCACAGACAAGCCCAAGAAAGUGCUAAUAGGCAGUCUAACGGACGAGGACCCGAUACCGGCGACGGUGAUCACGACGCACGAGGGGAAGAACGCGUUCGUAGCCAACACGAGUCCCGCCACCGCCACCGCUACAAGCGGCAAAUGGCCAUCGAUUCGCGUGGCGAGCCUGGACAGCUUAAGAGCUAGUGGCGGCGGCAGCACCGGCGGCAGCAGCACGGAGUCGUUGCCCGCGUCGCCCUCGCAACUUAUGCGGUCCCGGCCCGACCUCACCAUAGUGGCCGCGCGGAGGCCCGACACGAAACGCGAGGACAACGGUACGUGAUCCCCGCAAUAACACUCACCGACGAGCGUAUGAAUUCAAAAUGGCGGAUUUUGUCCGCUAAAUGGUGUACUAUACAAAAUGGCGGACCUGAUUGCGAAAUGGCGGACCUCAAAUCAGUUGUGACAUUCAUCCGCCAUUUGGCAAUGUAGCUCGGAUAAAAUCUACAUUGUUGAAUUCCUUUGUCUUAGACCAUUUAUCAUUUAUUAUAAAAUAUUGUCUGAUCGAGUCAGUUAUUUAUACAAAGUGUAUAAAUAUAUAUAUAUAUAUAUAUA